GUGGCAUUGUCUUUACUAGCGUUUACUUUGUGACGGCGAUAGGCAUGACUGGAGAAAAUCUUGCUAUACUUUGGGCAGUUGUGCAGAGGAUAGCUCAGUGGCAGGCUCUGGGACUGGACUGGGUUAUAGGCGGUGAUUGGAACUGCGACUUCUAUGCCGUCAAUGUCAAGGGAUGGGUCGAGAAGCUUGCUGGCUUGGCGUUUGUUCCUUCGGAGGCCACGUGCAUUACCGACGCUGGUUCUUCCAAGAUUGAUUAUUUUCUGGCCGCCAGCAACCUGGUUCCCAGACUUGACAGGCGAGAGUAUCGAGACUCCAAGGUGGCUGCGUGGGCCACGGCGAAGCGUUGGGUUGCCCACCUGCGGUCGGAGAAGGACAAGCUGCACCGUUUUUGUGAGCGGCUUCGAAUAUGUAGUGCGGUGUGCACGUUAACUGAGAUGCAGUACUUCAAGGUGCUGCAGGCGUUCGACGAGGCUGGAAGAUACUGUGACAAGAUUUCUGCUGAGCAGUGGGUGCUCAAGGAAUUGGGUGAGGAGUUCAGUGAAUUUCUGCAAGAAGGGUUGGUGAUGAUAGUCGAUCCUAUUUUUGAGAGUAUCACCGAUGCCAUAUCCACCCAG